AUGUUCAACCAAACCACAGUGACUGAGUUCCUUCUCCUGGGCUUCUCUGAGGGUCGAGAGCUGCAAAUUUUACAGUUUGUGGUGUUCCUAGUGAUUUACCUGGUAGCCCUGACAGGGAACCUCUUUGUUAUCACUGCUGUAAUCCUUGACCUCCAUCUUCACACCCUCAUGUACUUCUUACUGAUAAAUUUAUCCAUCCUGGACCUCAGCUUUAUCUCUGUCAUUAUCCCCAAAUCCAUGGUCAACUGCAUCAUGAACACCAGGUCAAUUUCUUAUUUUGGAUGGUUUGUCCAAGUCUUUUUUUUCAUAUUAUUCUCUUCAGCAGAUGUUUUCUUACUCACCAUCAUGGCAUAUGACCGAUACAUCGCUAUCUGCAAACCACUGCACUAUGAGAGGGUGAUGAACAGGAGAGCUUGUGUCCAAAUGGCAGCCAGUGCCUGGAUCUGUGGUCUUCUCAAUUCUGCACUGCACACUGGGAGCACAUUUUCCAUAACCUUCUGUGGAGUCAACAUGGCGGAUCAGUUCUUUUGUGAAAUUCCCCAGCUACUCAAGCUUACUUGCCCUGACUCAAACCGCAGUGAAGUGCGAGCUAUUGUAAUUGUUAUCUUUUUAGGCUUAAGCUGCUUUGGUUUAAUAAUUGUGUCAUAUGUCCAGAUCUUCAACACAGUGCUGAGAAUCCCCUCUGAGAAGGGCCAGCAUAAAGCUCUGUCCACCUGCCUCCCUCACUUCAUUGUGUUCUCCUUGUUUGUUUCCACUGGCACCAUUGCCUACUUGAAACUCACCUCAAGCACUCCAGCAGGUGUGGAUCUCGUGGCGAUUGUUCUCUAUUCUCUGGUGCCUCCAGUGAUGAAUCCGGUCAUCUACAGCAUGUGGAACAAGGAUAUCAAAGCUGCCCUAUGGAGAAUAAUUGGAUCAAGGUUGUUCUCCAAGAAUAAAAUGCCCAUAUUUCUUCCAUGA